AUUUAACGGUCUUUCAUGAACAAUGACACCCAUGGUGCCCUAGGGCCAGAACUGAGACACACUGGAGACUGUGAGGGGUCUGAGAAGUGUGUACACCACAGUUUAGGCCGGGAGAAGAAUGAAAGAGUGUGCAGCACUAGUGUUGAUGGGAUCUGGAAAGGUAUGCAGGCACAAAGGAUGAAAUAAGACACACAAAAGGAGAACUUUUUGUGAGGCUUCUGAUCAGAAAGUGCAUAAAGAAAUAAAAGGCAGAAUGGAAUGAGUGCAAUCGGGUCAGAUAUUUAAGAACGAAGAACAUCAUAAAGCAGGAAGGCAAGAAAAAAGGAAAGUGGUGAAGAGGUCUCCUUCCAGCUGAGAUAAAACGGUUCUUAGGACCACUUGACAGAGGGCACCCACCUCUCUAACCACGCAGGCAACUUCAAGGACCGUCAAGAUCCUGGCUAAUGGUUAAAUAAGCUGUUGAGAGGAGGAGUUGAGCUCGUACAUUAAAGUGGAGGUCCACUGUCAGUCUCCGGUAAAGGGGCAGCAAUGGAUGUUUUUGGAGGUGCCCCUCGCUUCCUCGCCUACCCCCGCCCGCUGGUAGUUCCAAGUGGCACAGAUGCUGUGCUAAAAUGUCAAAUUGCCGGAGAUCCUCGACCAACUGUCAUUUGGGAGAGAGGUAACCAACAGCUUCAAGCUGAGGGCCGCUACCGACUUUUUGAGGAUGGCAAUGUUUAUAAUCUAAUCAUCUCUAAAGCAGAUGAGAAUGACAGUGGUCAGUACAUCUGUAAAGCCAAGAACAUCAUUGGAGAAACGUAUGCUGCAGCUACUCUUAAGGUUCAAGGUGAUGCUGAGGUGAGAGAACUUAGAGAGGAGAACAGGCCUUCUUUCCUCAUCAAACCACUCUCAGCUCGGGUUGGUCGGGGCGAGGAUGCCGUUUUCUCUUGUAAAUUAUGGGGAAAGCCCCGACCAGAAGUGAUAUGGCAUAAAGAUGGCAAGAAACUGAAUGACAUUUUUGAGAGCUCACAUUUCAGUGUGUCACACCAAGACGGUGGCUGGUUUCAACUAAAAAUAUUUCAGACACGGGCACCUGAUGGUGGUGUUUACACUUGUUUGGCUAGAAAUGAGUUUGGGGAGGCACUAGCUGGUGCUGUGCUUUUGGUCGAUGCUGGACCAGGACAUGAAGAAGAUGGAGUUCGCAACGGAUACUCCAAUGGCCAUUGGAAGCCACACGUAGGGAAACGAGGGGCCAGGAUAAAUGCUAUUCAGCAAAUUGAGGAGCCACUGUCAGUAAGUUCAGCAAAAGUGAAAAUGUUCACAGUAACGGAAGGCAAGCAUGCCAAGUUCCGAUGCUAUGUCACUGGAAAGCCAAAACCAGAGAUUAUGUGGAGAAAAGAUGGCAAAAUAGUGAUAUCUGGAAGACGACACCUUCUAUAUGAAGAUCGUGAGGGCUAUUUUACAUUAAAAGUUCUCUACUGCAAACAACAAGAUAGUGGGCUUUACGUCUGUGCAGCUUCCAACACAGCAGGGCAGACACUCAGUGCUGUGCACCUCUAUGUAAAGGAGCCAGCAAGAAAGUUCAAGCAACCCCUGAAUGAUGUGGAGGUACGUGAGCGAGAACAGGCUGUGCUGGAAUGUGAAGUACCAGAUCACUCCGUUCCAACUACUUGGUACCUAGAAGACCGACGGCUACACCCAGGAGCAAAAUAUGACAUCGAGCAGUGGGGCACGGUGAGGCGUCUCACCAUUCGGGACAUUGGGGCAGAUGACGACGGCAUCUAUCUCUGUGAGAUGGCUGACGGAGAACGGAGCAUCGCAGAAGUAUCAGUCAGAGGAACCAUCGUUCGUAAGCUCCCCCGGAAAGUGGAUGUUUUAGAAGGUGAGAAUGCUGCUUUCUGUGUGGAAGUAGAAGAAGAAGAAAUGGAUGUCCACUGGUAUAAAGACGGAAACGAACUGAGAGAGACGCACCAGACAAUUAUCAAGUCAUUUGGCAAAACGCACUUCCUAGUUUUCGUAAAUGCAUCCCCUCAGGAUUCGGGACUUGUCACAUUCAUCGUGGGUGAAUCAAAAACUUCAGCCCAUCUUCGAGUCCGAGCCAUCCGACAGUGCCCACCCAGCUGUCCCAUUGGAGUGCAGAUGAAUACAGAGCGGGCCAACGCAGCUUUGAUGUCUUGGGUCCCAGCCCUCGACUCACGGAAGAAUCCGCCGUCAGGCUAUGUGCUGGAGCGACAGGAAGCUGGUUCCCAUGAGUGGCUGCAGUGCUUGACCACUGAUUCUGCCAGUGCCGUGGAGAUCCUGGGCGACAGCGUUCCCUCAGAAGCAGACUACAGAUUCCGCAUCUGCAGUUUUAAUAAGUAUGGCAGGAGUGGGCACGUAGAAUUUCCGGAAUUUGUUCACUUGGUUCCAGUUGCCCGGAUUCAGACCCCUCUACAAGAUGCCCUGGUACCUGCGGGCACUGAUGCAGAAUUUUUUAUUGAGCUCUCUGCUUCUGUGAUUGGAACCUGGUUUUUAAAUGGAACCCAGCUCCAAGAAAAUGAGAAAUGUGUUAUUCACCACUAUCGUACACAGCAUUUCCUGCUCCUCAAAGAUGUACAAAUGUGUGAUGACAGAUCAGAAAUUACUUUUAUUGCUUACGGAGUAAGGGAUUCAGCAGUUCUUUGUGUACAAGCACCACCUGUGAAAUUUUCCAUUCUACCAGAAACAGAGCGCGAUAGAAAGAUCGAGGCUGGCAGCCCCAUAGGGCUGUACUGUGAGGUCUCAGACCAAAACGCUGCAGUUCGGUGGUUCAAGGAUGGGAAAGAACUUCAUCCACAAGAAGACCUUCAAAUCCAAUCAGAGGGCAUGAUGAGAAGCCUAAUUCUUCAGUCAGCAGAUUUCAGUCAUUCUGGAAUAUACAGCUGUGAUGUCCUUGAUGAUGUCAUCACAUUCAAGGUUGAAGUUCAAGCUCCACCAAUGAAGUUUGCGGCUCUUCCAGAAGAGGACUGUAAGAAGGUUGUUCAGACAGGCACUCCGGUUGUUCUUUCCUGUGAGGUGUCAGAUGCUGAGGCCCAAGUGUGCUGGUACAAAGAUGGAGAGGAAAUUCACCAAGACAGCAACAUUAAUAUGCAGUCUGAAGGAACAGUAAGGCGCCUGAUCAUCGAUUCUGCAGGGGCCUCUCAUUCCGGAGUUUACCGCUGUGACUCUACUAACGAUGCAGUGAGCUUCCUCGUCGACGUCAAAGCUCCACCAGUGACGGUUGCCCCCCUUUCUGAAGUGGAUCUCAACAAAAAUCUUGAAGCAGGCAGCCCACUUGUUCUGACCUGUGAAGUGUCAGAUCCGUCUGCGGUGGUACACUGGUACAAAGACAAACAAGAACUUCGACAAGAAGACUUUGAAAUCCAAUCAGAGGGCACCACCAGAAGACUGCUCAUCCCAUCCACCGACUUCUCGCAUUCUGGAGUAUACAGCUGUGAUGCUGUAGAUGCUGUCCUCACUUUUAAUGUGAAUAUUGAAGCACCACCUGUGAAAUUCAUUCCUGUUCCCGAAGGGGACCUGCACAAAACAGUCUUGGAGUCGGAGCCUGUUGUGUUGUAUUGUGAGCUCUCUCGAUCUGACGCUCCUGUUCACUGGUACAAAGAUGGGGCAGAAAUUCAGGCAGGAGAAGACAUCACAGUCCAGUCAGAAGGAACAAUGAGGAGGCUCAUCAUCCAGGCAGCAAAGCUCUCUGAUUCAGGAGUAUAUGCCUGCCACGCUGUAGACGACACCAUGAUCUUCAAGGUCAACAUUCGAGAGCCUCCUGUUACAAUAAUUCAGCCAUGUGACGAUGUCCACUUGCAGUACAAUGUUUCAGACAAGAUUGUUUUAAAUUGUGAGCUGUCUCGUGCAAAUGCAGCUGUACAUUGGUAUAAGAAUGGUCAUGAGAUCCUGGAAAGCGAAGAUGUAAUCUUGGAAUCUGAUGGUUGUCUACGAAAACUGACUAUCCUUAACGGAAAGGUUGAAGAUUCUGGAGAGUAUGUCUGUGAUACUAACGACGACUCAAAAUUUUAUGAAGUUUCUGUAACAGAGCCAGCGGUUCAGAUUGUAUACCCUGAUAAGUCUCCCGUAGAUCUUAGAUUCACGACCUCAGAGAGGGUACUGCUCACCUGUGAAGUUUCCAGAAGUAAUGCAACAGUUCGUUGGUACCGAGAUGGACUUGAGGUUGAGAGAAGUGAAAAUUUAAUCUUAGAAGAAGAAGGAGUUUACAGAAGACUUAUCCUCUGUUGUGCAUCAGCUGAGGACUCUGGGGAGUACAUCUGUGAUGCAUCUGAUGACUCGGUGACCUUCAAUGUCAUAAUUUCAGAACCACCAGUGAAAUUUUUGCAUCCUGAUAAAUCAUCACUUUUAGUUAAAUCUUUUGUGGGAGAGCCGCUGGAGCUGCAGUGUGAGGUAUCAAGGCCAAAUGCAGUAGUGUGCUGGCUAAAGGAUGGAAUGAAAAUUGAGGAACGUGAAGGGGUCUGUAUUGAGGAAGAUGGUACUUUCCGUCGCCUGACUAUACAAUCAGCAAAUUUUCAGGAUUCGGGGAAGUACUUAUGCAAUGCUAAAGAUGAUGUGAGGAAAUUCAAGGUGAAAGUCACCGAGGCACCAGUACUGAUCCUUAGAAAAGAAGAGCUAAAAACUGAACAAGAGUGUCUAGUGUCAGAUGAUGUGGUACUGGAAUGUGAGCUGUCUCGAAUAGAUGGCAUUGUAAAGUGGUAUAAAGAUGGUGAGAAGAUUGUCGAUAAUGAUCGUAUCUGCUUGGAAGAAGAGGGGACAUUCCGGUCACUUGUCAUUUUAAAUGCAGAAAUCUCAGAUUCUGGAGAGUACUUUUGUGAUGCUCAAGAUGACAGUGUCGUUUUCCAUAUUAAGGUGAAAGAGCCACCAGUGUUCAUUGUUGGAAACACGGACAGCCCUGAACACCACAGCCUUAUAGCAGGAGAUGACUUAGUGCUGUCCUGUGAGCUGUCGCGCCCCACUGCCACAGUGCAGUGGUAUUUCAAUGGAAAGAUGCUCACAGCGGACUCUCGGACUCGUAUAAAAUCCCAUGGGACAGUGCGACAACUGGUGAUCUCAGGCCUCACCACUUUAGACUCAGGAAAUUACACUUGUGAUGCUGGAGAUGACAAAAUGGUCACCACAGUAACAAUUCAAGAACCUGCCCUAAAGAUCUUGAACAAAGAAGAUGCCAUGGAGCCAAUCGAAGUUUCAGAGAAUGGUAGUGUUACUUUUUGCGUCCAACUCUCCAAGGAUGAUGCAUCAGUGCAAUGGCUUAGGAACUGGAGAGAAAUCAAUGAUAAGCGAAUCUGUUCAAGUUCUGAUGGGAAAUCCCGCAAGUUAACAAUCCGCCAGGCUCAGCUUUCUGACAGCGGUGUGUACACAUGUGAUGCCAGCACUGAUGAGAUCCACUUCACUCUGCAGGUUAAAGUGGCCCCUAUCAAGUUUGAACACAAGCAGGAAAAGCCAGAAGAAAUUCUUGCAGUGGAAUCCAAGAGCACUGUGAUGUCGGCUGUGUUGUCAAGUGAGAAGAGUGUUGUGAAAUGGUUACGGCAUCGCAGCCAAAUUUUUGACAGCAAUAAAUAUGAAACACGCGUAGAAGGAAGAGUACACAGCCUCAUAGUGAAAAAUACAUGCAAAGAAGACUGCGGCAUGUAUACCUGCAUCUCUCAGGAUGAUGAAAUGGUGUUUGUUGUCAGCGUAAAAGAGCUGCCACUGACAUUUGUGCGAGGCUUACAACACAUCAAUGCGUACAAGGAUGACACCAUCACUCUAAGAUGUGAACUCUGCAAGCCUAAAGGGGAUGUCCAAUGGCUAAAAGAUGGUCAAGAGAUCCUUCCCAGCAGGCGAAUUGUAAUUAAAGCAGAAGGUCGUGAACGAUCGUUGACCAUUAACCGUGCAACGGGCAGUGAUUCUGGAGAGUAUGUCUGUGAGUCAAAGGAUGAUCGGACCUGUGCUCAAGUUUCUGUGGAAAUGCCCAGAGUGGUGGAAUUCAUUGCAGAGCUACAUAAUGUUACUGUACUAGAAGGGGAAGAUGCCACAUUUAAGUGCAUGGUUUCUCCAGAAGAUGCUGAACUGGUUUGGCACAGAAAUGGCAAUGUGGUUGUUCCAGAUGAGAGGUGCAUGGUGUCACGCAAUGGGUUGUGCCACACAUUAGUCAUCCAGAACUGCCAGCUGAUAGACAGCUCUAAGGUGACAGCUGAGGCUGAAGGUGUGGUGUCGAAGGCAAAUCUACAGGUUCAAGAAGCACAAGUGCUGUUCACCAAGAAGUUGGAAGCAGUGAUAGGUGAGGAACAUGGAGAAGCUACGCUGGAGGUGGAAGUGAGCCUGGAGUCAGGAGAGGUGCAGUGGAUGCGACAGGGUGUGGUUAUCCAGUCUAGUCCAAAAUUCACACUGAAUGCAAGCGGCAAGAAGCGCAGCCUCACCGUUCACAAUCUCAGUAUCUCUGAUCGUGGCACUUACAGAUGUGAGACCUUGCAUGACAGAACACAGGGCAAGCUGAUGGUGGAGCCCAGGAAGAUCUCAAUCCUUAAAGGUCUAACUGACACAGAAACUUUUGAAAGGGAAACAGCGACAUUUGAAGUUGAGCUGUCCCAUGUGGAUGUAGAGGGGGUCUGGCAGAAGGAUGGAAUUCGUGUAAAACCUCACAAUAACUGGCGGGUUAGCACAAAUGGAAAAGUUCAUAGCCUGACCCUUUCAAAUCUAACAAUUGAAGACAGUGGUACGGUCGCUUUCAGUGGAGAAAACAUAAAGACAUCUGCAAGACUCACAGUGAAAGAGCUACCUGUGAUAUUCAUAAAACAAAUGGAGGAUCUUAGGAUUCCUGACACCUUCAGCGCAUUGUUUGAAUGUGAACUGUCCAGACACACAGCCCAGGUGAAGUGGUUAAAGGAUUCAGAAAUUAUAAAACCAAAAAAAACGUACCGAAUCUAUUCCAUGGGGAGAAAGAGGUUUCUUCAGAUUAUAAACUGCACACUCGAGGAUUCGGGGACUUACACCUGUGAUGCAGGCGACUGUAAUGCAUCGGCUGUUUUGGAAGUUUAUGAGAGAGAAGUGCAGAUUGUACAAGGGCUCAAAGAUGUUGUAAUUCAAGAAGACGAGAAUGCUGUGUUUGUUUGCGAAAUCUCGGUGGAGAAUGUAAAGGGAGAAUGGUUUAAAAAUGGGGAGAAAAUCAAGCCAACCAGUUCUACCAAAAUUCGCCAUGAAGGAACGAAGCAUUUUCUUCUUAUUUGUAAUGUAAAGCCAGAGGAUUCUGGUGAGAUUAGAUUUGUUGCAAAAGAAACAGAGUCUUCAGCUUGCCUGGAGGUUGAAGAGCUGCCAGUUCACUUUGUAAAACCACUGCGGGAUAAAACAGCCCUAGAGAAGCAUCGUGUGAUCCUGGAGUGCACAGUGUCCAACCCACGGUCUUGUGUGCGCUGGUAUCGAGGAGACAAUCUCAUCUUACCUUCUGAUCACUAUGAAAUCUGUAGUGAAGGCUGUUAUCGUAAACUCGUCAUUCAUCAGGUGACAUCCAUGGAUGAAGGAACGUACUCCGUCCAAGCAGGAGAGCAUCAGUGCUCUGCACGGCUGAUGGUAGAAGAACAAGCAAUCUUGGUGGUGAGGCAGCUAGCUGACGUGGAGGUCACCGCCCCAGAGACAGCCUGUUUUGAGUGCGAGGUUUCCGUCCCCGUCAUUAAGCCUCCCCAAUGGAGUCUCAAUGGGCAGCUUUUGCAGAAUGGAAAUGGUGUGCGCAUCGAGAGCUUGGGCACCAUUCACAGGCUUGUUUUGAAAGAAACCUCUUCAGAUAUGUCCGGCCUGGUCAAAUUCACUGCAGGAAAAGCCCGAAGUAGAGCAAGACUCAACGUAAAGAGCUGAAGAAAACAUCAGAAGUCAAGACCCAAAAAUGGCAAAAUUAAAAAUUGCUUUCCAAAUGCUUUUUUUUCCAGAUUUUAAUUAGUCAUAUUUUUAAUGGGGACUAUUGAUGUAAUUUAUAAAUCUGUAUUUUUAUUAAUUUCACCUUGGACUUAUUGUAAAGAACAGUUCUGGUAUAAAAGAAGGAAAUGUUUUAAAAGUUAUGGGGUGGGAAGAAAAAUAAAUGUUUUUGUUUGGAAAGCUA